CUUUGAGGCCCAUUAAGAAUUUAUUAAUGUGAAGGAUAAACGCAGAAGCAACAAAGUCCAUUACGCUCGAUAAGGCUUAGCAGUCAAAAUCCCUAAAAUCCUCUUUGACUUUGGUUCUCUGCAGUCGAUAAUUUUAUUUUCGCCAAUGUCAUCGCCGGUGAAGAAGAUGAAGAAGAAGACGACGACGUCGCCGAUACUCUCACCGACGCCGCAUUCGACCCAGAUUUUAUCACUUCCUGUUGAUUUGCUAAUAAGUAUCCUCGCCCGCGUCUCGAGAUUGGACUACCCAAUUCUCUCUCUCGUCUCCAAGAGCUUUCGAUCUCUCAUUGCUUCACCGGAGCUUUACGAGACUCGGUCACUCUUAGGCCGCACAGAGAGCUGUCUCUAUCUGUGCUUAGGGAUCCCUUCUGACUUUAACCCUCGCUGGUUCACUCUCUGCCGAAAACCUAAGCCAAGUGGGCAUGUUAUGGCGGCAAUCUCAAUCCCCAAUUCUCGUCCUGUACAUUGCUCUGGUCUCGUUGCUGUUGGUUCUGAUAUAUACAACAUUGGCGGAUCCAUCAUCAAUGAACACUCCUCUAGUGUCUCGAUAUUGGACUGCCGGUAUCACACGUGGCGUGAUGCUCCAAACAUGCUGGUGGAGCGGAAUUCACAUGCAGCCAAUGUUAUUGAUGGGAAGAUAUAUGUUGCAGGAGGCAGCAGAGACUCCAAUUCCUCCAAUUGGAUGGAAGUUUUCGAUAUAAAAACCCAAACUUGGGAGCCUGUGCUAAACCCUAUCGCAGAUGGAUGUGACAGACGUAUACGCAAGAGCGCAGUGAUUGAAGAAGCUAUCUGCUUGUUUGGGUAUAAGGGUGUGGGUGUUGCUUACAACCCAAGAAUAGAUAAAUGGGAAGCGAUAGGAGAAGUGAAUUAUUUGGAUUUAGGAUGGGUAUGGCUUCUUGUUGCGUGAUAGAUAAUGUGCUGUAUUGUUACAGUAAUAUAGACGGAAUCAAAUUGUAUGACUCUAAGAUAGGAUGCUGGAUGAAGCUCAAGGGUUUGGAAGGAUUGCCUGAGUUUGCUAGUUAUUCUUAUGUUAGAUUAGCGGAUUAUGGUGGGAAGAUGGCGGUUUUGUGGGACAAGUUACCUACUACUGGCAAUAAUAACAUGGUGAUUUGGUGUGCGGUAAUCACACUUGAAAAGCGCCACAAUGAAAACAUUUGGGGGAGGGUUGAGUGGUUUGAUGCUGUGCUUACAGUCCCUGAGCCUUAUGAAUUCGUGUGUGCUCGUUCCGCUAAUGUUUGAUGAAUUGUUGACUCGGUAGUGAAUCUUGCAAAUGUUUAAGCUUUGCUUGUUUUGUGAUGCGAGACUAUAACCAAAUGUUUCACACUGUUUUUGUUGAACAGGUUGGGGUGUUCACAUUCGUAGCAAGGACGGUAAAAAGAUGUGUACUCUGGAAGAGAGUUUGGUCGUGUAGUUACGAGAAAUUUUUUGUUUUAUUUCGCUUCGUUUGCAAAGGCUUUGCUUUGCUUGCUUGCUUAUUACAAUCUUAUAAACCAAAUGAUUAUGGCUUUUAUGUGUGUUUUCAUUUAAUAUUAUCACACCAAAAGAAGAUAAACGCUUAUUACAGUAUUUUGUGAAAAAAAUAAAAAAA